GACCAGUGGUCGCGCUUCCGGAGAGGCGCUUCCGGUGGCGGCGGCAGCAGCGGCUGUGGUGGUUCCGGGUGUCUUUGUCCCCCCGGUGUCGCUGCCCUGGCCCGCAGGCUUUUCCCCACGACUCUGAAAGAGGACAGCGUUUCCAAUGUCCCAGUUUAAGCGCCAGCGGAUCAACCCGCUUCCAGGGGGACGCAACUUCUCAGGCACAGCUUCAACAUCUCUUCUGGGCCCUCCUCCUGGUUUGCUCACUCCUCCUGUGGCCACAGAACUGUCCCAGAAUGCCAGGCACCUUCAGGGUGGGGAGAAACAGCGGGUCUUCACUGGUAUUGUUACCAGCUUGCAUGACUACUUUGGGGUUGUGGAUGAAGAGGUCUUUUUUCAGCUAAGUGUGGUGAAGGGCCGUCUGCCCCAGCUGGGUGAGAAGGUGCUGGUGAAGGCUGCAUACAACCCAGGCCAGGCAGUGCCCUGGAAUGCUGUCAAGGUGCAAACGCUCUCCAACCAGCCCCUACUGAAGUCCCCAGCACCUCCCCUUCUGCAUGUAGCAGCCCUGGGCCAGAAGCAAGGGAUCCUGGGAGCUCAGCCUCAGUUGAUCUUCCAGCCUCACCGGAUUCCCCCACUGUUUCCUCAGAAGCCUCUGAGUCUCUUCCAAACAUCCCACACACUUCACCUGAGCCACCUGAACAGAUUUCCUGCCCGGGGCCCUCAUGGACGGUUGGAUCAGGGCCGAAGCGAUGACUAUGACUCCAAGAAGCGCAAACAGCGGGCUGGUGGAGAGCCCUGGGGUGCUAAGAAGCCAAGGCAUGACCUGCCUCCUUACCGGGUCCACCUCACUCCCUACACUGUGGACAGCCCCAUCUGUGACUUCCUAGAACUCCAGCGCCGUUACCGCAGCCUCCUGGUCCCCUCAGAUUUUCUGUCCGUGCAUCUGAGUUGGCUGUCAGCCUUCCCUCUGAGCCAACCCUUUUCCCUCCAUCAUCCGAGCCGGAUCCAGGUCUCUUCUGAAAAGGAGGCAGCUCCAGACGCUGGUGCUGAGCCCAUCCCUGCAGACGGUGACCCCACUUACAGUUCCAAGGUACUGCUGCUCUCUUCCCCGGGGUUGGAGGAAUUGUAUCGUUGUUGCAUGCUCUUUGUGGAUGACAUGGCUGAGCCAAGGGAGACACCAGAGCAUCCUCUGAAGCAGAUUAAGUUCUUGCUGGGCAGGAAAGAAGAGGAGGCAGUGCUGGUUGGGGGUGAAUGGUCUCCUUCCCUGGAUGGCCUCGACCCCCAGGCUGACCCGCAGGUGCUGGUGCGUACCGCCAUCCGCUGUGCGCAGGCCCAGACCGGCAUUGACUUGAGCGGCUGUACCAAGUGGUGGCGCUUUGCUGAGUUUCAGUACCUGCAGCUGGGACCCCCCCGGCGGCUCCAGACAGUGGUGGUGUACCUGCCGGACGUCUGGACCAUCAUGCCUACUCUGGAGGAGUGGGAGGCCCUGUGCCAGCAGAAAGCUGCAGAGGCAGCUCCCCCGACCCAGGAGGCACCAGGGGAAACGGAGCCUGCUGAACAGGCACCUGACGCCUUGGAGCAAGCAGCAGACACCCCUAGACGGAACGCAGAAACUGCAGAGGCCACCACACAGCAGGAAACGGACACUGAUCUCCCAGAGGCCCCUCCACCCCCACUAGAACCUGCUGUCAUCGCACGCCCUGGCUGUGUAAACCUGUCCCUCCAUGGGAUUGUGGAGGAUCGGAGGCCAAAAGAAAGGAUCUCUUUUGAGGUGAUGGUGCUGGCCGAGCUGUUUCUGGAGAUGCUCCAGAGGGAUUUUGGCUAUAGGGUUUAUAAGAUGCUGCUGAGCCUUCCUGAAAAGGUCGUGUCCCCACCUGAACCUGAGAAGGAGGAGGCAGCCAAGGAGGAAGCCACCAAGGAGGAAGAAGCCAUCAAAGAGGAGGUGGUCAAGGAGCCCAAGGAUGAGGCACAGAAUGAGGGCCCGGCUACCGAGUCAGAGCCCCCGCUGAAGGAGGAUGGGCUUUUGCCCAAACCACCCUCUUCUGGGGGAGAGGAAGAAGAAAAACCCCGGGGCGAGGCUUCUGAGGACCUGUGUGAGAUGGCCCUGGACCCAGAACUGUUGCUUCUGAGGGAUGAUGGAGAGGAGGAGUUUGCAGGAGCAAAGCUGGAGGAUUCGGAGGUCCGGUCCGUUGCCUCAAACCAGUCAGAGAUGGAGUUCUCUUCACUUCAGGACAUGCCCAAGGAGCUGGAUCCCUCUGCUGUGCUCCCCUUGGACUGUCUGCUUGCUUUUGUGUUCUUUGAUGCCAACUGGUGUGGCUACUUGCACCGGCGAGACUUGGAGAGGAUCCUCCUUACCCUUGGGAUCCGGCUCAGUGCAGAACAGGCCAAGCAGCUGGUCAGCAGGGUGGUGACCCAGAACAUCUGCCAGUACCGGAGCCUUCAGUAUAGCCGCCAGGAGGGCCUGGAUGGUGGCCUUCCCGAGGAGGUGCUCUUUGGAAACCUGGACCUGCUGCCCCCUUCUGGGAAAAGCACGAAGCCAGGUGCUGCCCCCACAGAACACAAAGCCUUGGUGUCCCACAAUGGCAGCCUGAUCAAUGUGGGGAGCCUGCUGCAGCGCGCGGAGCAGCAGGACAGCGGCCGGCUCUACCUAGAGAACAAGAUCCACACACUGGAGCUGAAGCUGGAGGAGAGCCAUAACCGUUUCUCAGCCACUGAAGUAACGAAUAAGACGCUGGCGGCAGAGAUGCAGGAGCUGCGAGCCCGGCUGGUGGAGGCCGAGGAGACUGCCCGGACGGCGGAGCGACAGAAGAGCCAGCUCCAGCGGCUGCUGCAGGAGCUCCGCAGGCGCCUGACCCCCCUGCAGCUGGAGAUCCAGCGGGUGGUAGAAAAGGCGGUGUGCCCCUGGUUGCAGGUUCUCUGGAAAUUGAGCAGUCAGCAGCGUGCAGCGGGAGCUUCCCAGCAGGAGGCAGUCCGCAGUCCUCAGAUCACCUUGCCAGGCCCGAUUCUGGGUACAUCUGUUUCAAACAGGCUGACAGCUGGGUGGAGAAGGAGGAGCCGGCACCUAGCAACUGACGGCCUCGCACAGAACUGCCAUCCUGUGAGGGCAGCGGUGGCGCCUGGCAAAGUUGGAGCCCUUGUGGUACCAGAAAGCAGCGGGAGCAAGACCUGGGAGCCAGGGCAGGGGUGGCUGACCCCAUGCUCAGCCUCUAGGGGACGGCAGGCCAUUAGGCUGGGGGCUGUGCUACGUGGGAUGGAUGUGUGAGGAACCCUGGUUCCACUUAACAACUAAAUACAACAUCUUUUGCACCCCUAGAAUGUCAUUUUGCCCUCAACCCUGGUAUUUCUCCUGGGGCCCUUUUAGUCUUGUGCUGACUUUCUCCUGUCCUCUUCCAGUUUAGAAUAAGACAGACAGGGGAGAAAAAGGCUUUUCGAGUGUGGGACAAGGUCUGAUGUCAGUGAACUGAACUGAAGAGACAGACAGAUGUGGAGCCUGGUUGGGGCUAAGCAGUCCCCUCCCCCGGAUGGCACAGGCUCUGCUAGGUUCCGGACACAGGCUCCUGGGGGAAGGGUCUCCCUUGGCCAUCACGGGAAUGGAGUUCAUGCUAGAAAGUGCUCAGUGUUGGGCUGGGUUUGCCAAUAGAACACUGUGUUCCAGUCACCCCAGACUCGCCAGAAGAAACCAGCACCUCUUUCCCGUGGCUCCUGUGUUCAGAAUGUGGUAUUGGCUCUGGCCCAGCCUUCUCCCCUGUUACCCAUAAUUCUUGCCUCUUUCCAUAAUCCGUGGUUUCAGUUUGACUUUGUAUAUAAAGUUGGGGUUUUUUUUUUUUUUGGCUUGUUUUUUAAAUAAACCAAAGUCAAAAACAAA